UAUGCUCUUCCAGGUGAGCCGACUUGCUGUUUGCCACUAUUUAAUCGGCCAAACCAUCAAAUCCGAGCUCGCUCGCAUUGCCUACCAUUCUGGUAUUUGGCAGAUUUAUAGGGUUAUUUCGUGGUGUAACUAUCGGCACUGAGUGUAUGGUGUUCUCGACUCCUGAGAGCCAUUCCCUCAUUAGAGGUCAUGUAAAUCCCAUUGAAUGAUGCUAGUCAGUUCUUCGAUAAAGCGAAUUGAAACUGCCUAGUACUCUCCGUCGGCUCAAUCUCUAGACCAUCGCACAUCCUGUAUCAAGGUUACCCAUACACAAGGCCUGAAUCGCAUUGCGUAAAACUCAUCUUCAUCGGGCAAUUGUCACCGCGCGGCAAUCAAGGAUCUCAUGUAGUGAAGCCAUUGAAAUGUCACCUGUGCUCGCUGACGAAGUGCGUACUCUACGAGGUACAGCGCAUUUAGCUCCUCGGCUUGGCCCGCGCCAGUGGGCCCUUACAGAGCCUGCAUCAGCAAGGACCUGGCGCGCGCGGACUACAAGGCUGGUGCUGCAGAGAGGACCCUUUCCCAAAAAUUUCAGUUGCAGCGCCAAAAAACCUACCGCUGCACCGUCAACCCCCACGACUGUUUGACGACACGACCCAAAGAACCGAACCAUGUUCGCCAAACCCCGACCAAAGAAGUCAGUCCUGCCGACGGUCUCGAAGAAGAGAAAAGCGGUCUCGGCGGUGGAGGAGGUCAACUUCGACUUCGAUGCGCGCGAGGACUACCUGACGGGGUUUCACAAGCGCAAGCUACAGCGUGUGAAAUGGGCGCAGGAACAGGCAGCCAAGAAGGCGCGGGAAGAGAAAAUCGAGAUGCGGAAGCAGCUCAAAGACGAGCGGCAACGAGAGGUCGAAGACCAUGUCAAGGCUGUAAGCGCCAUUCUCGAAGAGGCCCAGGCAGCGACAUCGGACCAGGAUGAGGAGAUCAACGCGGAAGACUUUGAAGAGUGGGACGGCAUCGCGGAGGCGCCUAAAGAGCCGACAGACGUCGUGGACUACGAGGACGAGUUCAUAGACGAGGAUCGGUAUACGACGGUCAAGGUCGAGGCCAUAUCCGUGACGCGAGACGGGCUCGAAAGGCUCCAUCACGACGGUGACAAGGCGGAAGCGGGUAGUGAAGACGAGGCCAAGGCAGAGAGGCCAGCGGCCGACGACAAGGCGGCAAAAACUAAGGAUCGCAAGGAGUGGCCCAAGAAGAAGAAGUUUCGCUACGAGACAAAACUAGAACGGUCGCUGGGCGCGAAGAAGUCAAAAGCCAAAAAGAAGGCCAAAUUCAAGAAAGAGUAGU